AUGUUAAAAUUAAAUCUAUUGAUAAAUUAAAAUAAAUGCUCAAACUUAUUGAUGAAAAAAGUAAGUUAAAAUCUAAUCUUUAAACAUAUGACUCAUUUGCAAAUCCUAAAUAGUAAGAUCUGGCGAGUUAGAUAUUAUGUUUUAAAAUGCUUAUAAAGUAUUGUUGAUAUUAUUGUCACAAUCAGUAAUCAAUUGAAACUGUAUAAUUUUAUAUAAAAAAAAAAGUAUUCUAAAAAGGUUAUCCCUACUAUUUCAUCAAUAACUACAAGAUUUGGAAUCAGAAAUCAGAUUUAUUAUUUUGAUUUUUAUUUAUCAUCUUUUUGA